GUAGAGUAGGAAAAAGGCAAGCCAGCGCCCAAAAGGCCAAGGAUUUAAUUCAACUUACCCCACCCUAAAGCCGUUUAUCUCUUUCUCUCUCCGGGCGACUACAGUAUUUAACAGCCUUGGCGCGACCUCCUCUCCUUGAUCUCUCCUCCUCCCCAACCCUCUUCUCCCCUCCCGCACCCAACCAUCUCGGCCCCCACCCGCAAUUCACAGCGCCGGAGAUGACCUCUACACCCCCGGGCGACGUCCUGCCGGCGCUGCCGCCGAUCAGGACGAGGGCGGCGGCGGCCGAUCCUGCGCUUGACAACGCAUCGGCCUCGACGACGACGGUGCCGGAAUCCGAGCCCCUGCCGGCGCCCGCGGUGGCGGAGGAGGAGGACAUGGUGGUGGCGGAGUCCCGGACGCCGGCUGCGGUGGCGGACGAGGGCGAGGAGGAGGAGGAGCCCAGGACGCCGACCUCGGAGGAGAGCAAGCUCCGGCCGCCCACCGAUUGCCCCGGCGCGCCGAGGAAGCCCGUGGCUUUGGCCGGUACGAGGCCAUCGCCGAAGCGUCCGCUGCGCUACUUCGACGCCCCGCGCGACCUCUCCGCGGUGUUCAUGUCCCUGCCGCCCAAGAAGCGGAUCCGCGCUCCGCCGUGCCUGGUCGCCUUCCGCCCCAGGUGCGGGGCCGUGUGGGGCCAUGGAUCGGCACUGUAGCCUCGCGCGGCCGGCCGGCCGUAAUUUAUGGGCUCCACGCUGCAAUUGUUCAUUUACCGGCGAAUUCUUGGAGUUCUUGCGUUGGGUUCCUCUUCUUUCUUUCUUUCUUUCUUUCUCUCUCUUUUCUUGCGGCGGCUUCUUGGUUUCCACGGCCAUGACGAUAUAGUAUAAUCUCCAGUGCAAAUAACCUGUUGUUUUGCGUUCUUUUUCUUUCUCUGUCAUUCUGAUUCUUAGCGCGUUUGUGUGAAGGAGAAAUUGUAGAAUCGAAAAGGUUGCUAUUUAUAUAAUUAAUAUAGGGAUGAUGAUGAUUGGGGAAAAAGAACAGGAGUUGUAAGAGAAUUCCCUGUUAAUUACCGACUACUCGUAUUACAGUUAACAGUUCUGAAAAA